AUGGCUGAACCAAAUUCUACAUAUCAAACGUACUCCAGCAAGGUUGGUUUAUUGUUUAUAUUCAAUAUAAUUGUUGGUACCGGAGCUCUUGCGCUACCGAAAUCGUUUCAAGUGGCUGGAUAUGGUGCGAGUGUUAUACUUAUACAUAUAUCUUGUCUUGCGAGCUUUAUAUGUGCCACUUUUAUUGUUGAAAGCAUGGCAGUGGCUAAUGCUGCGAUUCUGCGGAAAAAACGUCGUGGCUGCGAGGUUGAAGAAGACGCUGAUUUUUCCGAGGUUUAUUCAAUUAAACAGAGAACCGAAAUCAGUGAAAUGGCAAAGUUGUUUCUUAAUCAUACAGGGCUGGUGUUCUCUUAUCUAAUCCUUGCCCUUUAUCUGUUUGGAGAUCUCACUAUUUAUUGCACCACUGUUUCCAAAUCUAUCAUGAAUAUUGUUUGUGACUCUGUAACUGGGAACUUCACUGAAAAUGAUCCAUGUUGGCGGAAAAAUGCGAUUAAUUUUAACCGUAACAACGCUUAUAGAAUGGCUAUACUUUUAUUUACCACGAUAAUAACUCCUAUGGUAUUAAUGGGAAUAACGCGUACCAAAUACUUGCAAAUUUCAACUAGUCUAAGUAGAUGGGCAGCGUUUGUUCUCAUGAUUAUGCUGGCUGUAAUUUCGCUUUUUAAAGAUGGUGUCGAGGCAUCGCCUCAUUUUUUUGAAAUCAAUGGCUUUGGAUCUCUCUUUGGUACAACAGUAUAUGCAUUUAUGUGCCAUCACAGUCUACCAGGAAUUGUAACACCAAUGAGGCAGAAGCGUAAUGUUAUAGCCGGCAUUGGAGUCGUUUAUAUCAUUAUACUUCUUUUUUACAUUACGUUAUCGCUGACGGGUUCUUAUGCUUUUCGAAAGGUUUUUGAUGUGUACACACUGAAUUUCCUUCAUGACGAGGAUGCACAGUCGUUGUUAUACAAAAUUCUGCAUUACUUUUUGGCCCUUUUUCCGGUGUUCACGCUCUCCAGCAAUUAUCCAAUUGUUGCUAACACUCUUGCAAAUAACCUUUAUGUAUUAUUUGAAUCCCUUUUGCCAAGUCCCGUUAGCGAAGAACGACAAAGUCUUCUAAGUUCUGCAGUUGACAGUGAAUUAUCGCCGCCGUCACCACUGAUUGAAAGACGCAAGAAGUUUACAAGAGGGUGCUGUAUCUUUUCUGUGAUUGCCAUUCCAGCCUGCAUCAGCUUCUUUACUGACAAUGUUCUGCUUCUGGCUUCUCUAACUGGAAGUUAUCCCGGCGUUGGAGUGCAGUAUCUGAUUCCUUCUGGUAUUUUUUGCAGAUAUAACAGAAGGGAAUUUGGCACUCCUGUACCAGCGGAGUCAUCUAGCCCAUUUAAAUCAAUGUUUUGGCCAUAUGCAAUGUUUGCUUGGUCAGCGCUCGCUAUUGGCAUGGUCACUGCCAAUUUUUUAAGACUCAUUUGA